AUGUUGGCCGUGUAUAUAAACCGUCUGGCUGCGUGCUAUGUCGUGGAAUCCACCCCCAGCAAUCCUUUCACCCUGAUCUGCACCCCCUUCGACCAGAUAUCCCAGAACCCCAUCCUUUGUCGUUCGCAAACACAGCACACAACUCCCAGCCCCGCUCCACAAACCUGCUCAUCCUCAACGCCUCUUUUUAUCCGACAACAUACAAUGAAUCCCCAAUCAUCGUCCAAGGCAAGCCAAGAGCCAGCCAGACCACGCGCCGACUUGACCACCCACUUCUACGAUGGGGAAGACGAGCGACUCGUCCUCAGCUGGAUCGAAGUGACCAAACUCUUCAAAAACAGACCCCGGCCAACCGACGAGGUGUUUUGGUCCACCCUGGCGGCCGUCUUCAACUCCCAUUUCUUCGGCUUCAAGCGGUCUGAAAAGGUGCUACAAACAAGAUGGGAGCAGGUUCGAGAAGACACUCUCACCUUCUCCGCGUACUAUCGGGAGGCCAAGGCCUCUGGCCAAAGCGACAGAACCGAGGCAGGGCUGAUCGACAAAGCGAUGGAGAUGUUCCAGGCCCGGCAUGGCCGCGCGUUCGGACUCAAGAUCGAGUGGCAUUACCAUCUGCGCUACCUGCCUGGAUGGAGGGAAGGCGAGGCCGAGGAAGCGGCAGCUGGAGGCGCCGGACCCGGGGGAGGAGCGUCCGCAGAUGCGGCCCGCGCCCGGACUUCCUCGGACACCAUCCGCGAACACCCUCCGCACACUGGCUCUCGGCCUCCAGCUGGACCGGCCGGGCUGGCCCAAAGACGCGGGCCGGAUCUCGCCGACGAGGCCGCGCUCGACGCCCUCGAGGCCGCCAACGAGCGCGAGAGUCUGCGGAUGGACGCGGCCCGGCUGCAGAUCGAGCAAGACGCCGCGGACUGCCAGCUCAUGCAGAAAGACCUCGCCCGGCUGCCCGACGACGAGGCCCGGCAGUUCUUCAGCCUCAAGAAACAGGCCAUCCUUGCGAAGCUCCAGGCCGCCGCGCCCAGGCCCUCGGCCUCCUUGGCGCUGGUGCCCAGGCCGGCCAUCUAG